AAUGAAUUUGGUAUAGCUUUAAAAUCCAUACACAUGCAGUAAGUUGUCGGAUGACCGAACGGUUGCAAAUUUAAAUAUAUAUGCUUGUAAAUCUAAAUUGCGAGAAUAAAAUUUUGAUGAUCAUCCUAUAUUUCAUUCAACAAUUUCCAUUUGAUGACGUGAACUUAUUGACCAGAGAGAAUCCAAAUCCCAAAAUAUCACACAGAAGAAUUAGUGGACAUGUUUGAGUUGGCCAAUGCAUUAACUCAGUCGCCAUCUUUGAAAGUGACACGGGUUAACUUACAAAUCUGUGUGCUCAACUUGUUGAAGCUCAUCCAUAAGAAGAAGAAAAGUCUAAGUGCCUAACUUGUGAGAAACCUAUAUAAGUAGCUCCGAAUCCUUCUCCAUGUUAUCCACAUCAUUAACACGUUUCCAUUCUAUCUCUAUCUUCACAUAUCUCUACCUCCCUCAAACAGUUUAUGCUAGCUCUUGUUCCAAUGGCUUCCUCAGUUAAACUCUUAUUUUUGUGCUUUCUCUCAUUGUUCAUCUCUUUCUCCAUAGCUCAACCCUCUUUCAGACCAAAGGCACUUGUUCUUCCUGUCACCAAAGAUGUUUCUGCCUCAGUUCCUCAGUAUGUUACACAGAUCAAACAAAGAACCCCACUUGUGCCAGUGAAACUAACAGUUGAUCUUGGUGGUGGCUACUUUUGGGUGAACUGUGAAAAAGGCUAUGUCUCAUCAACCUCAAAACCAGCUCGUUGUGGCUCUGCUCAGUGCUCACUUUUCGGGUUAUAUGGUUGCAAUGUUGAGGACAAAAUCUGUAGUCGUUCUCUAAGCAACACUGUUACUGGUGUCUCCACAUUUGGUGAAAUUCAUGCAGAUGUUGUUGCUAUCAAUGCCACUGAUGGAAACAAUCCUGUUAGGGUAGUUUCUGUGCCUAAGUUCCUCUUCAUAUGCGGAGCAAAUGUUGUACAAAACGGCCUUGCUAGUGGUGUCACAGGUAUGGCUGGUCUUGGCAGAACUAAAGUUUCCCUUCCUUCUCAAUUUUCCUCAGCUUUCAGCUUUCUUAGAAAAUUCGCCAUUUGCUUGAGUUCUUCCACUAUGACAAAUGGUGUCAUGUUCUUUGGUGAUGGCCCUUAUAAUUUUGGUUAUUUGAACUCUGAUCUCUCCAAGGUUCUCACUUUCACGCCUCUCAUUACAAAUCCUGUUAGCACUGCUCCAAGUUAUUUCCAAGGGGAACCCUCAGUAGAAUACUUCAUUGGGGUGAAAUCCAUUAGAGUCUCUGACAAAAAUGUACCAUUGAACACAACCCUUUUGUCUAUAGAUAGAAAUGGCAUUGGUGGGACUAAGAUUAGUACUGUUAAUCCAUACACUGUCUUGGAGACCACAAUUUACAAAGCUGUGUCUGAGGCCUUUGUAAAAGCAGUAGGAGCCCCUACAGUUGCACCUGUGGCUCCAUUUGGGACUUGCUUUGCAACCAAAGACAUUCAGUCUACAAGAAUGGGCCCUGCUGUGCCUGACAUAAAUCUAGUGCUGCAGAAUGAAGUGGUGUGGAGCAUCAUUGGUGCGAAUUCAAUGGUGUAUACUAAUGAUGUAAUUUGCUUGGGUUUUGUGGAUGCUGGAUCAGACCCAAGUACGGCCCAAGUUGGAUUUGUGGUGGGUUAUUCUCAACCAAUUACUUCAAUCACAAUUGGAGCACAUCAGUUGGAGAACAACAUGCUACAAUUUGACUUGGCUACCUCAAGGCUUGGCUUCCGCUCCCUCUUCUUGGAGCACGCCAACUGUGCCAACUUUAACUUUACCUCUUCUGCUUAGAAUUUGAUUAUUCUACUAUAAUCAAAAUUUGCAUUUUAAUUAAGAUCCAUGUGUGUAGACAAGGUGAUGAAUAAGUGAUAUUAUAUUUAUGCAUAGCCUCCAUAGAUUUAUUUCCUCUUGUUUGAUGGAGAUGAAAAGACGUAAUAAUCUUAUAUCUUGAAUUA